CUGUUGCUAACUUGGCUCCGCCCCUUACGUGUUGGGCCCCGCCCCUCACGCUGCCGGCAGCCCGCGCCGCCGCAGUCAGCCUCCGCCCAGCGCGCCUGGAACUCCUGCGCCUUGCGCGCUCCGCGCUCCAGCCACCGGCGCGGUUAGCCACGUGGACCGACUCCUGGCGCGCCGGCCUCACGUGGUUCCAGCACCGGCUGGGGCUUGCUGCGCUUGCCGCUUCUCUGUGCUCGCCCCCGCCUCUGAGCUCCGUUCCCAUGGCGGCCCUGAUGUUGGAGGAUGGGUCGGUCCUGCGGGGCCAGCCCUUUGGGGCCACUGUGUCGACUGCCGGGGAAGUGGUGUUUCAAACCGGAAUGGUUGGCUACCCCGAGGCCCUCACUGACCCUUCCUACAAAGCACAAAUCUUAGUGCUGACAUAUCCUCUGAUCGGCAACUACGGCAUCCCCACAGACGAAGUGGAUGAGUUCGGUCUCAGUAAGUGGUUUGAAUCCUCUGGGAUCCACGUGGCAGGACUGGUGGUGGGAGAGUGCUGUCCCACGCCCAGCCACUGGAGUGCCACCCACACCCUGCACCAGUGGCUGCAACAGCAUGGCAUACCUGGCCUGCAAGGAGUGGAUACUCGGGAGCUGACUAAGAAGUUGCGAGAACAAGGGUCUCUGCUGGGAAAGCUGGUCCAGGAUGGGACAGAGCCUUCAGCCCUGCCAUUCUUGGACCCCAAUGCCCGCCCCCUGGUGCCAGAGGUCUCAAUUAAGGCUCCACGGGUGUUCAAUACAGGAGGCACCCCUCGGAUCCUUGCUUUGGAUUGUGGCCUCAAGUAUAAUCAGAUCCGAUGCCUGUGUCAACGUGGUGCUGAGGUCACUGUGGUACCGUGGGAUCACGCCUUAGAUAGCCAGGAGUAUGAGGGUGUCUUCCUGAGUAAUGGCCCUGGUGACCCCGCCUCCUAUCCCAGUGUGGUAUCCACACUGAGCCGUGUCUUAUCUGAGCCUAAUCCCCGACCUGUCUUCGGGAUCUGUCUGGGACACCAGCUGUUGGCCUUAGCCAUUGGGGCCAAGACAUACAAGAUGAGAUACGGGAACCGAGGCCACAAUCAGCCAUGCUUGCUGGUGGGCUCUGGGCGCUGCUUUCUGACAUCCCAGAACCAUGGGUUUGCUGUGGAAACGGACUCGCUGCCAGCAGGCUGGCUUCCUCUCUUUACCAACGCCAAUGAUCGUUCCAAUGAAGGCAUCGUACACGACAGCCUGCCAUUCUUCAGUGUCCAGUUUCACCCAGAGCACCAAGCUGGUCCUUCAGAUAUGGAGCUUCUUUUUGAUAUCUUUCUGGAAACUGUAAAAGAAGCCACAGCUGGGAACCCUGGGGGCCAGACAGUUCGAGAGCGGCUGGUUGAGCGCCUUUGUCCGCCUGGAAUUCCCACCCCAGGCUCUGGGCUUCCACCACCACGAAAGGUUCUGAUCCUGGGCUCUGGGGGCCUCUCCAUUGGCCAAGCUGGAGAGUUCGACUACUCUGGCUCUCAGGCGAUUAAGGCUCUGAAGGAGGAAAACAUCCAGACGUUGCUGAUCAACCCCAACAUUGCCACAGUGCAGACUUCCCAGGGGCUGGCUGACAAGGUCUAUUUCCUUCCCAUAACACCUCACUACGUAACCCAGGUGAUCCGUAAUGAGCGGCCAGAUGGCAUCUUACUGACUUUUGGGGGCCAGACAGCUCUGAACUGUGGUGUGGAGCUGACAAAGGCCGGAGUAUUGGCUCGGUAUGGGGUCCGGGUCCUGGGCACACCCGUGGAGACCAUUGAACUGACGGAAGACCGGCGUGCCUUUGCCUCCAGGAUGGCGGAGAUUGGAGAGCAUGUGGCCCCCAGUGAGGCGGCAAAUUCUCUUGAACAGGCCCAGGCAGCUGCCGAGCGGCUGGGGUACCCAGUGCUGGUGCGUGCAGCCUUUGCCCUCGGUGGCCUGGGCUCUGGCUUUGCCUCUAACAGGGAGGAGCUCUUUGCUCUUGUGGCCCCAGCUUUUGCCCAUACCAGCCAAGUGCUGGUCGAUAAGUCCCUAAAGGGAUGGAAGGAGAUUGAGUACGAGGUGGUGAGAGAUGCCUAUGGCAACUGCGUCACGGUGUGUAACAUGGAGAAUUUGGACCCACUGGGCAUCCAUACUGGUGAGUCCAUAGUGGUGGCUCCAAGCCAGACGCUGAAUGACCGGGAAUACCAGCUACUGCGGCAGACCGCCAUCAAGGUGACCCAGCACCUUGGAAUCGUUGGGGAGUGCAAUGUGCAGUAUGCCUUGAACCCCGAGUCUGAGCAGUAUUACAUCAUUGAAGUGAAUGCCAGGCUCUCUCGAAGCUCCGCCCUGGCCAGUAAGGCCACAGGCUAUCCGCUGGCCUACGUGGCAGCCAAACUAGCUUUGGGUAUCCCUCUGCCAGAGCUCAGGAACUCCGUGACAGGGGGAACAGCAGCCUUUGAACCCAGCCUGGAUUACUGUGUGGUGAAGAUUCCUCGCUGGGACCUCAGCAAGUUCCUCCGUGUCAGCACAAAGAUCGGGAGCUGCAUGAAGAGCGUUGGUGAAGUCAUGGGCAUUGGGCGUUCUUUUGAGGAGGCCUUCCAGAAGGCUCUUCGCAUGGUGGAUGAGAACUGUGUGGGCUUUGAUCACACGGUAAAGCCAGUCAGUGAUAUGGAGCUGGAGACGCCAACCGACAAGCGGAUCUUCGUGGUGGCAGCUGCUCUGUGGGCUGGCUACUCGGUGGAGCGGCUGUAUGAACUCACACGCAUCGACCGCUGGUUCCUGCACCGCAUGAAGCGGAUUAUAGCACACGCCCAGCUGCUGGAACAGCAUCGUGGCCAGCCUUUGCCCCCAGACCUGCUGCAGCAGGCCAAGCGCCUUGGCUUCUCAGACAAGCAGAUUGCCCUUGCGGUUCUGAGCACAGAGCUGGCUGUUCGCAAGCUGCGUCAGGAACGGGGGAUCUGCCCAGCAGUGAAACAGAUCGACACAGUUGCAGCCGAGUGGCCAGCCCAGACAAACUAUUUGUACCUGACAUACUGGGGCACCACCCAUGACCUCACCUUUCGAACGCCUCAUGUCCUGGUCCUUGGCUCUGGCGUCUACCGGAUAGGCUCCAGCGUAGAGUUUGACUGGUGUGCCGUGGGCUGCAUCCGGCAGCUCCGAAAGAUGGGAUAUAAGACCAUUAUGGUGAACUACAACCCAGAGACAGUCAGCACUGACUAUGACAUGUGUGACCGACUCUACUUUGAUGAGAUCUCUUUUGAGGUGGUGAUGGACAUCUAUGAGCUCGAGAGCCCUGAAGGCGUGAUCCUGUCCAUGGGCGGGCAGCUGCCCAACAACAUGGCCAUGGCUUUGCAUCGGCAGCAGUGCCGGGUGCUGGGCACUUCCCCUGAAGCCAUCGACUCAGCUGAGAACCGUUUCAAGUUCUCCCGGCUCCUGGACACCAUUGGUAUCAGCCAGCCUCAGUGGAGGGAGCUCAGUGAUCUAGAGUCUGCUCGCCAGUUCUGCCAGACGGUGGGGUAUCCCUGUGUGGUGCGCCCCUCCUACGUGCUGAGCGGCGCUGCUAUGAAUGUGGCUUACACUGAUGGGGACCUGGAACGCUUCCUGAGCAGUGCGGCAGCCGUCUCCAAGGAGCACCCCGUGGUCAUCUCCAAGUUCAUCCAGGAGGCCAAGGAGAUUGACGUGGAUGCUGUGGCCCAUGAUGGUGUGGUGGCAGCCAUUGCCAUCUCUGAGCACGUGGAGAAUGCAGGUGUGCAUUCAGGUGAUGCCACGCUGGUGACCCCACCACAAGACAUCACUGCCAAAACUCUAGAGCGGAUUAAAGCCAUCGUGCACGCUGUGGGCCAGGAGCUGCAGGUCACGGGACCCUUCAAUCUGCAGCUCAUUGCCAAGGACGACCAGCUGAAAGUCAUCGAAUGCAAUGUGCGUGUCUCUCGCUCCUUCCCUUUCGUCUCCAAGACACUAGGUGUGGACCUAGUAGCAUUGGCCACACGCGUCAUCAUGGGGGAAGAAGUGGAACCUGUGGGGCUCAUGACUGGCUCUGGAGUCGUGGGGGUAAAGGUCCCUCAGUUCUCGUUCUCACGCCUGGCGGGGGCCGACGUGGUGCUGGGCGUGGAGAUGACCAGCACUGGGGAAGUGGCUGGCUUUGGGGAGAGCCGCUGCGAGGCCUACCUCAAGGCCAUGCUAAGCACUGGCUUUAAGAUCCCCAAGAAGAACAUCUUGCUGACCAUUGGCAGCUAUAAGAACAAAAGUGAGCUGCUCCCGACUGUGCGGCUGCUGGAGAGCCUGGGCUACAGUCUCUACGCCAGUCUGGGCACCGCCGACUUCUAUACUGAGCACGGCGUCAAGGUAACGGCUGUGGACUGGCACUUUGAGGAGGCAGUGGAUGGUGAGUGCCCGCCGCAGCGAAGCAUCUUGGAGCAGCUGGCAGAGAAUCACUUUGAGCUAGUGAUUAACCUGUCAAUGCGCGGGGCUGGGGGCCGGCGUCUCUCUUCCUUUGUCACCAAGGGCUACCGUACCCGGCGCCUGGCCGCUGACUUCUCCGUGCCCCUCAUCAUUGAUAUCAAGUGCACCAAACUGUUUGUGGAGGCCCUGGGCCAGAUUGGGCCAGCGCCCCCUUUGAAGGUGCACGUUGACUGUAUGACUUCCCAGAAGCUUGUGCGGCUCCCUGGAUUGAUUGACAUCCACGUGCACCUGCGGGAACCCGGGGGAACACACAAGGAGGACUUUGCCUCGGGCACCGCUGCUGCCCUGGCUGGGGGCGUCACCAUGGUGUGCGCCAUGCCUAAUACCCGGCCCCCCAUCACUGAUGCACCAGCCCUGGCCCUGGCCCAGAAGCUGGCAGAGGCGGGCGCCCGCUGUGACUUUGCCUUAUUUCUCGGAGCCUCAUCGGAAAAUGCAGGGACCCUGGGUGCUGUCGCUGGGUCUGCAGCUGGGCUAAAGCUCUACCUCAACGAGACCUUCUCUGAGCUUCGGCUGGACAAUGUGGCCCAGUGGAUGGAGCACUUUGAGACAUGGCCCUCCCACCUCCCCAUCGUGGCCCACGCAGAGCGGCAGAGUGUGGCCGCUGUCCUCAUGGUGGCCCAGCUGACCCAGCGCUCGGUCCACAUAUGUCACGUGGCCCGGAAGGAGGAGAUCCUGCUGAUUAAAGCCGCCAAGGCACGGGGGCUGCCCGUAACCUGUGAAGUGGCGCCCCACCAUCUGUUUCUGAGCCGCGAUGACCUGGAGCACCUGGGGCCGGGGAAGGGGGAGGUCCGGCCUGAGCUUGGCUCCCGCCAGGACGUGGAGGCCCUGUGGGAAAACAUGGCUGUCAUCGACUGCUUCGCCUCAGACCAUGCCCCCCACACCUUGGAGGAGAAGAGUGGGCCCAGGCCUCCCCCCGGCUUCCCAGGGCUGGAGACCAUGCUGCCGCUGCUGCUGACGGCGGUCAGCGAGGGCCGGCUCAGUCUGGAUGACCUGCUGCAGCGGCUGCACCACAACCCGCGCCGGAUCUUCCACCUGCCCCCCCAGGAGGACACCUACGUAGAGGUGGAUCUGGAGCACGAAUGGACCAUCCCCAGCCACAUGCCCUUCUCCAAGGCCCACUGGACGCCCUUUGAAGGGCAGAAGGUGAAGGGCACCGUCCGCCGUGUGGUCCUACGAGGGGAGGUGGCCUAUAUCGACGGGCAGGUCCUGGUGCCCCCGGGCUACGGACAAGAUGUACGCAAGUGGCCUCAGGGGGCUGUUCCCCAGCUCGCGCCCCCAGCCCCUGCCACCAGUGAGAUAACCACGACGCCGGAAAGGCCCCGCCGGGUCGUCCCAGGGCUUCCCGAUGGCCGCUUCCACCUGCCACCCCGAAUCCACCGAGCUUCCGAUCCAGGUCUGCCAGCUAUGUUCCUCCGCCCGGGAGCUGGGAUCCCGCGGGGCAGCAGAACGUGGGCUGAGGAGCCAAAGGAAAAGUCCUCUCGGAAGGCGGCGGAGCCAGAGCUGAUGGGAACUCUCGAUGGCACCUGCUACCCUCCACUACCAGUACCUAGACAGGCGUCACCCCAGAACCUGGGGACCCCUGGCCUGCUGCACCCCCAGACCUCACCCCUGCUGCACUCAUUAGUGGGUCAACAUAUCCUGUCUGUCCAGCAAUUCACCAAGGAUCAGAUGUCUCACCUGUUCAAUGUGGCACACACGCUGCGUAUGAUGGUACAGAAGGAGCGGAGCCUCGACAUACUCAAGGGGAAGGUGAUGGCCUCCAUGUUCUACGAGGUGAGCACGCGGACCAGCAGCUCCUUUGCCGCAGCCAUGGCCCGGCUGGGGGGUGCUGUGCUGAGCUUCUCGGAAGCCACGUCUUCAGUCCAGAAGGGUGAAUCCCUGGCUGACUCCGUGCAGACCAUGAGCUGCUACGCUGACGUCGUCGUGCUCCGGCACCCGCAGCCUGGAGCGGUGGAGCUGGCAGCCAAGCACUGCCGAAGGCCAGUGAUUAACGCUGGGGAUGGGGUCGGAGAGCAUCCCACCCAGGCCCUGCUGGACAUCUUCACCAUCCGGGAGGAGCUUGGGACUGUCAAUGGCAUGACGAUCACCAUGGUGGGGGAUCUGAAGCAUGGGCGCACUGUGCAUUCUCUGGCCUGCCUGCUCACCCAGUACCGUGUCAGCCUGCGCUAUGUGGCCCCUCCCAGCCUGCGCAUGCCACCCAACGUGCGGGCCUUUGUGGCGGCCCGUGGUACCAAGCAGGAGGAAUUUGAGAGCAUUGAGGAAGCACUGCCCGACACUGACGUCCUCUACAUGACUCGAAUCCAGAAAGAGCGCUUCGACUCUACCCAGGAGUAUGAAGCUUGCUUUGGCCAGUUCAUCCUCACUCCCCACAUCAUGACGCGGGCCAAGAAGAAGAUGGUGGUGAUGCACCCAAUGCCUCGAGUCAAUGAGAUAAGCGUGGAGGUGGACUCGGACCCCCGAGCGGCCUACUUCCGCCAGGCCGAGAAUGGCAUGUACAUACGCAUGGCUCUCUUAGCCACCGUGCUGGGCCGCUUCUAGGGCUUGGCUCCUCAGACUCUUCUUGUCAGGCCCAGCUGCUGGGCAUGAAAUCGGUGCCCCCCAGGGGGGCAGCACACUUCAGAGAUGCUCUGGGGCGUCCAGAUAGCUCACGUGCUCUUAGGCACAUCUGCAGACCACACGCCAGGCACUGGACUGGACUGGAGUGCUCUAGCAUGGGGGUGGGGCCCCGUCUCCCUUGACCUUGCACCGCAAACCUAUAAAGUCAUUUUUCUACUGACUAAAUAAACAGCUAAGCUGCUUGUUAAGUGCCUGCUUCCUCGCAUGUAUCCUGGCUUCAGCAUAGGAUGCUAAGUGUCAUGGGCAGGGCUUUCUUCUGGAACUUGAGAACAGUUGCCCAAAUCCAAGAGCAGCCUUGCUGGGCAGGCUCUUGCUCUGGCUGCAUUUUCAGAGCCAUGGCUCUUUGGGGUCUGGGCGGGAAUGUGCUAUUACAUGGUGCUCUGGGUCCUGCACUGUCCGAUCCCUGUCCAGCCGUAUUUCCUCAGUUUGCACUCAAAAUUCGGAUAUGAGUUACAGGGUCCUGCCUGGUAAGGCUUUUACUCUUCUCCCCUCUGUGUGUUUAGUCCUCUCCUUCAGUGGCUGAGGUAGCCAUUGUGUCCUCAAAACCUGGCUUGGAGUUCAGCUGCCUUCACUGUUAGGAGCUCCUCCCACCUACUCUCCCUGGGAGCCUGUGGCUGACACUGGACUUUCAGAUACUGUGGAGGGCUGAAGAGCGCUUGGCUUGGAAACCCUGGGAUUGGAGACUGGGGUGGAGUAGCUCAUGUGUCUUUGCAGGUCAGGGCUUCUGUGGAUCAUACAGAGUAUGUGAGCUAUUCCAUUCCAUUCCAUGAACUUUAGUAGCCUUGAAGAAAUUUCUUGAUCCAGCAGACUUUACUUACCAUCCCCUGAGUACAAAGCAUCAUGUGUAAUGGGAGUGCAAGAAUGAACAAGAACAUUUGAGACCUCAGCUGGUAAGGCAUCCAAUGACUUCUACAGAUUGGACUGCUACAUGCCGGCACAUGAUGGUCCAGACUGCGCCAGUGUCAUUCAGGAAGAAGCCACUUCGUGUCCAGAGCUAUUAGCGUGUUACAGAGAUGGGAAAGAAGGAACUCUUUUUCUGAAAACGAUGUGAGCACAAACUUUCACAUAUUCUCAUGUAAUCUUAUAUCAGCUUUCUAACCAUUUUACAGAUGCAGAAAUGGGCUCAGAAACAGAAAAGUUACUGGGUGGCUUACCCAAGGUCACAUAGCUAAGAUUCCUGUAUAGGACUGCUUGACUGCAAAUCCAUCUUUCCGGUAAAACAAAAAGGAAAACGUCAUUUCAGACUUUAAGGGGCAUCCAAAACCAGGGUGAGAGAAAAGCCACACAAAGGUGAGCCAGCAGAGAACCAGUCUAAGUUGCCUGGGGAGCCAGUUUUCAGAAGAGAGAUCAGCAUGAACCUGGACUCCUGUCCAUGGAAUGGGGUUUGGGCUGUUGCCUGAGGAAAGGGCAGGCUCGGGCAGGUUGGAUGGGAAGAGAAUCUUAGGGCCAGCACAGCUUGAACACAGGCGUGGGAAUCCUGUGUCUGCAGCACUGAGGGGCUCCACAGCCAGACCCAGCAGAGCCGCUCCUGCUUUGUACUGUUGGGGUGGAGAGGGACAGACCGGAGCAAGAGGUGUGGGUCAGAGCGAGAGGUGUGGGUGUGCAUUCAACAGAAACAAGAAUUCACAGCCCACAGGCACUGCUGGAAGGAGGGUGCGGCUAGGUGGCACUCCACCUGCUCCUGGCGAGCUGAGCCCUCUCCUGCCCUGCUAAUGUUAACCCUUCCAGGCUUCCUGAACUCCAACCCCCGACAAGCUCUCCCUCGUGGGCCCAGAGAACUUCGUUGGUUGGAAAAGGAUCAUUCAUAGAAUGCUGCUCCUUUCUAGAGCUUCAGUUACGCUUCUGAGGUUAUUCAAACAAGGGAUUAUUUUCCCAAGUACCUGGGAAUCUGUCACACACAGAUUCCCACAGAACUCGGAGAGCCUCGUCCUCAAGUAGAAGCAGGGUUUGCUGCCAAGCAGCACACUCUCUAGCCUCAGUCGCUAAGUGGUGGGAGGUGUUCCUGCUCUGUUCCUUUCUUUGGCUCUCCUAAUCAUAACACAGCUCUAAGUUGAAUAAACUUCUUUCCUUUACAACCAGAAAUGAGAUCUUAGUACCUGGGGAAAUAAAUGAAGCUAUCAGCAAGAAAUAAAAACAGCUCUUUAAACAGAAUGUCCAUAUCUAAGGUCGUUCCACAUCCAUUGAGAAACAACUUCAUAUGCUCCAUGUGGUUGUCAUUAACUAUAAAAAGUUUUAAAAAAA